AUGCAGCUGGUGCCUGCUGCAGUGCCAGCAGAGAGCCGAUGCUGGCCACUGGCACUCAGCCUGCUCUACGUGGUGUGCGGGGUGCUGGCUUUUGUGCCAGCAGUGCUUUCCUCAGUAUGCUCCAAGAUUGUCCAGCUGCUGGGCCAGAAUGAGGUGGACUACCGCCAGAAGCAGGUGGUGAUUGUGAGCCAAGACAGCUUCUACCGGGUCCUCACCUCAGAGCAGAAAUCCAAAGCGCUCAAAGGCCAGUUCAAUUUUGACCACCCAGAUGCCUUUGACAACGAGCUGAUCGUGAAAACGCUCAAAGAGAUCACGGAAGGGAAGACGGUCCAGAUUCCUGUCUAUGACUUUGUCUCCCACUCCAGGAAAGAGGAGACGGUGACUGUCUACCCUGCCGACGUGGUGCUCUUCGAAGGCAUUCUGGCCUUCUACAGCCAGGAGGUGCGGGAUCUCUUCCGCAUGAAGCUCUUCGUGGACACGGAUGCGGACACUCGGCUGUCCCGCAGAGUGCUACGAGACAUCAGUGAGCGAGGCAGGGACCUCGAGCAGAUCUUAUCUCAGUACAUCACCUUCGUCAAGCCUGCCUUUGAGGAGUUCUGUUUGCCAACCAAGAAGUAUGCUGACGUGAUCAUUCCCAGAGGAGCAGAUAAUGAAGUGGCCAUAAACCUGAUAGUGCAGCACAUCCAGGACAUUCUUAAUGGAGGACUCAGCAAACGCCAGAGCAACGGCUACCUGAAUGGCUACACUCCUCCCCGCCAGCGGCAGCCCUCAGAGUCCAGCAGCCGGCCUCACUGACCCCGGGCGAGGCAUGAGGGGCUGGGGGUGGAGGGCGCCCGAGCCCUCCCACUGCCCC